CGGGGCCGGAGCGGCGGGAGCGGGGCCGGGGCCGAUCCCAAUCCCGAUCCCAAUCCCGAUCCUGAUCUCAGUCCCCGUUCUGAGCCUCACACGGCCCUUCCAGCACGGACACCGCAGGAUCAUGGAUUUCCCAGGGCACUUUGAACAAGUCUUCCAGCAGCUCAACUACCAGAGGCUCCAUGGGCAGCUGUGUGACUGCGUCAUCGUGGUGGGGAACAGGCAUUUCAAGGCGCACCGCUCCGUGCUGGCCGCCUGCAGCACGCACUUCCGCGCGCUCUUCACCGUGGCCGAGGGCGACCAGACCAUGAACAUGAUCCAGUUGGACAGCGAGGUGGUGACGGCCGAGGCCUUCGCCGCGCUCAUCGACAUGAUGUACACGUCCACGCUCAUGCUGGGGGAGAGCAACGUGAUGGACGUGCUGCUGGCCGCGUCCCACCUGCACCUCAACUCCGUGGUGAAGGCCUGCAAGCACUACCUGACGACGCGGACGCUGCCGCUGUCGCCGCCGAGCGAGCGUGCGCAGGAGCAGAGCGCGCGGCUGCAGCGCUCCUUCAUGCUGCAGCAGCUGGGGCUCAGCAUCGUCAGCUCGGCGCUGGGCUCCGCGCAGGGCGCCGAGGAGCCGCCCGGCGCCAUGGGCCCGGCGCUGCGGGGCGGGCUGGAGCAGCGCGCCGCCUUCCCCAUCCGGCGCCUGCACAAGCGCAAGCAGUCCUCCGAGGAGCGCGCCCGCCAGCGCAUCCGGCCCGCCUUGGACGAGCCCGUGUCCGACGUGGCCGCAGAGAGCGGGCAGCCCGUCGUCCACUCACGUGAGGAUUUCUUCUCUCCAGACUCGCUGAAAAUUGUGGACAACUCCAAGGCCGACACGGUUGCUGAUAACCAGGAGGACAACACGAUCAUGUUCGACCAGUCUUUUGGUGCUCAGGAGGAUGCCCAAGUGCCCAGCCAGUCUGACAAUGGCGGGGGAAACAUCUCCCAGAUGUCCAUGGCAUCCCAGGCCACGCAAGUGGAAACCAGCUUCGACCAGGAGGCUGCUGCUGAGAAGAGCAACUUCCCGUGUGAAAAUCCAGAGGUGAGCCUGAAUGAGAAGGAGCACAUGAGGGUGGUGGUGAAGUCUGAGCCCCUGAGCUCCCCAGAGCCUCAGGAUGAGGUGAGUGAUGUCACCUCCCAGGCAGAGGGCAGCGAGUCUGUGGAGGUGGAAGGAGGAGUGGUGAGCGCAGAGAAGAUAGAGCUGAGUCCCGAGAGCAGUGACCGCAGCUUCUCGGACCCUCAGUCCAGCACUGACAGGGUGGGAGACAUCCACAUUAUGGAGGUGUCCAACAACCUGGAGCACAAGUCUUCUUUCAGCAUUUCAAAUUUUUUAAAUAAAAGUAGGGGAGGUGGCUUUGGUGCCAGCCAAAACAACGACGACAACAUUCCCAACACCACCAGUGACUGCAGGAUGGACAGUGACGCCCCUUAUCUGAUGAGCCCGGAGUCAGGGCCCACCGGUAGCCACUCAUCUGCUGCCGUCUCACACGUCGAGAACCCGUUCAGUGAGCCCGCAGACUCCCACUUCGUGAGGCCCAUGCAGGAUGUGAUGGGUCUGCCGUGCGUGCAGACCUCUGGGUACCGAGCAGCGGAGCAGUUCGGCAUGGAUUUCCCACGCUCAGGCCUGGGCUUGCACUCGCUGUCCCGGGCCAUGAUGGGCUCAGUGAGAGGUGGAGCUGGUGGCUUUCCUGGCUACCGCCGCAUUGCCCCCAAGAUGCCCGUGGUGACCUCUGUGCGGGGCUCGCAGCUGCAGGAGAGCUCCUCGGGGUCCCAGCUGAUGAUGAACGGGAGCGCUUCCUUCGAGAGCGGGCACCUGUCGCAGCCGGGCCCGCCGCAGCUGACGCGGGCGUCCGCCGACGUCCUGUCCAAGUGCAAGAAGGCUCUGUCGGAGCACAACGUGCUGGUGGUGGAGGGCGCGCGCAAGUACGCCUGCAAGAUCUGCUGCAAGACCUUCCUGACGCUCACGGACUGCAAGAAGCACAUCCGUGUGCACACGGGGGAGAAGCCCUACGCCUGCCUCAAGUGUGGCAAGCGCUUCAGCCAGUCCAGCCACCUCUACAAACACUCUAAGACCACCUGCCUUAGGUGGCAGAGCAGCAACCUGCCCAGCAGCUUGCUGUAACCUGCUGCCCCGGGCCCGGAGGAGCCUCGCUGCGGGCGGGGAUGCUCCGGCGGGCGGACACCGGCGUGCCGCGGUGCCACACACAGUCUUGGCUCUGCCAUUGGGGAUAUCCGGUACCUACCUCGCGGGUGUCGCCGCCGGGAGCCGCGCGGCGGGGAUGGGGAUGUGACCCCCUCGGCGAAGCAGCCCCUUUGCAGGGCAGAGGGGUGACAGCACGGGGGUCUCCUGAUAUAGCACGGUUUGAGAACAAGAAACUGACGUGCGCGAUUCUUUUUGGUUUUUUUUUUUUUCUCUCUAGAGCAUUUUGUAACAGUGGAAGCAUUUAAAUGAUUACUGUAACCUGAAUUGCUGCAUUAUGUGAGGACAGUGCUGCAGACUCCUUACCUUUAAAAGAGAAAAAAGCUUAGGCUGCACCUGUCUGACAUAAUGCUUUAAAAUACGCUACUUAUGACAAUAGUUCUAGGAUUAUGAAUGUAUGUUUGGCUGUUUUGUAGUAAAGGACACUGUGUAAUCAAGGUGCUUAAAUUAAAUCCCAGACAAGUAACUUUCGGACUGCCAGGUGUACAUAUAACUCUAAGACAGCAAGAUUUGGAUGUUUGGCUGGUUUUUUUUUUUCUGUAGAAACGAGUAUUAAGUGAUAAGUGAAGUAUUGUCUCUUGUUUGUGCUAUUCCUAGCAGUAUUUUAACCAGUUUGUAUCUCCUAUGUUACAAUUCUAUAUACGCAGAAGUUUGAACAGAGCUUGUCUUUGUCUGUUGUUUUGAAGGAGAGGGAAUUUGUGAUGGCUUUUUUUGCCACGUAAGGCAGUAUCUUGCUGUUCCCAGAUGCCCACAGUCCAUCUGGUCCCCGUUGUGGCGUAAGCACGUUGUCUUUUUCUCUUGUCUCCAGGCUUUAAUUUCCUGCCCUGCACACUUAGUGACUUUGCAGCUGUGGAUCUGUCCUUGGAUGCAAUCGCUCCUAGGUCAGAGCAAUCCUCUUUUGCCAUAUUGCACAGAAUCACGGAAUGUGCUGAGUUGGAAGGGACCUCUCAGGACCAUUGUGUCCAGCCCCUGGCCUUGCAGAGGAUACCACAACAAUCCCAUCUUGUGCCUGAGGGCAAUGUGCAAACACUUGUUUGCGUCAUGCAGCCUUGGGGUUGUGACCCUGUCCCUGGGGCGGUUGUUCAGUGCCAGACCACCCUUGGGAUGAAAAACCUUUCCUGAUAGCCAACCUAAACCUCCCCUGACUCAGCCUCAGCCGUUUUCUCAAGGCCUGUCACUGGUCACGAGAGUGAAGAGAUCUGUACCUGCCCUUCUGCUGCCCCUCAGGAGGAUGUUGAAGAUACCACUGAGGUCUGGCCUCAGUCUCCUCCAGGCUGAGCAAACCAAGUGCUCUCAGCCGCUCCUUGUAAUGCUUCUCCAGACCAACCUCAUGUCCUCCUUUGGACAUUCUCUAACAGCUUAAUGUCUUUCAUAUGAUGGUGCUCAAAAUUGCCUGCAGCACUUGAGGUGAGGCUGCCCCAGGGCAGAGCAGAGCAGAGCAGGACAAUCCCCUCCCUCACCUGGCUAGUGAUACCCUCAGCACAUGCUUGGCCCUCCUGGCUGCCAGGGCACUGCUGGCUUCUGUUCUGUAAAAUGUCCUUGUCACAUCCAUCUAGGAUAGUGUCAUCAAAGUACUUUUCCCCAUACAUUUAAAAAAAGCUAAUGUAAAUUUAAUUUUAAAAACUGGCACUGUAGACAUGCAGCAGAAAUUUGUCAUUCUCCAUGUGAGUCAUGUAAAUCUCCUUUUAAUUUCCUCUUCUUUGGUGCCACCAUAACCUAACACUGCCUGCAAUCUCCUUUCUUCCUUGUCAGAGGUGCACACGAACUGGUGCUCAGUGUUCUUAGGUUUUAAAAUAAACUUUGAGAGCGCUUGUGCUGAUGAUAAAUGCUGCUCAGCCGAGCAGGGGCUGGCUCAGGGCUGAGUGUGUCCUGCUCAGGUGAGACAGAGGAGUUCCUGCACCUGCCCUAGCAGCGUGUUGUUUGCACCUUGGCCAUCUGAGGAAUGCAGAAACCCAGGAGAUGGUUGGAUUAAUUCCUUGAAAAUGUUCACAUUUUGUUACAGGGUUUACUUAAUGGUCAUAUGUCUGGCUCCUCAUUUUUUCUUUUAAGCAUUACAAUAACACAUUUUUUUAAAAGCAGUGGGAUAUGCUGUGUUUUGUUUUAAAUAAUUUCAGUGUUGGGGACUAACAGCAUUGAGCUGCAUAAACACUCUCCCAAAUAUCAAUAAAAUGCAAUAUUUUGUACUUUAAUAUUUUCUUGUGUUGCUUUAUUAAGUAACACUCUGUUUUGUCUUCAUUGCAUUUCUAGUGUUUUGCUUUUUAAAAACAAGGCUUGUUUUUUUUUUUUUCAGUUUCCUUUAGCAUGUCCAAAUCUGUUGAAUUUUACAGUGUUUGGGAAUAAAGCAUCUCUUUGUGCAAGGAGACUAAUUAGGAACUAAUGAGAAGAUGAACACUUAACUGGACUUUUGAACUGUUCUUAUAAAAAUUUUUAUGUGGAAUGUCAGUGCAGGAGGACUUCUGUAUUCUUUCUUUCAGAAAGAGUUUGGAGCAUUUUUGGAAGCAGCAGCUUUAAAUGCCAUUGUCAGUUGCUGUGCAGAGGGGCAGUUGCAGGCCUGGAGCCUGCAGCUGCUUCAUGGCUUUCUGAGUCUUCCUGAACGAAGCAAUAAAUUCCUGGGAAUAGCAUAAAUAAACACCUGGGGCCUGAGCUGCCUGCUGCAGUGCAGGUGUCUCACCCCACAGCCUGGAGAGCUUAUGCCACUGAACUGUGCUCAGAAUUGAACUGUGCAAGCGGGAUCUCGCAUGGAGGUGUCGGGGUGUCUGUUCUAAAACACCUGGAAAUAAACCCUACGUUUUUGUGUUGC